CAACAACAUGGACAAUCGCCUACACGGCUACACGCCUACACCUCGCAAACCAAAAACGGGCGUCGUCUGAUCGUCUCCCUCCCGCGAGCCACUCGCCGCAAAGCGCCACCGGCAACGCAAGCAAACCCCCCAUGCGCGUCCACGCCGCCCACCUCCUCGUCCACACGCCGCCGCACAACCCGCGCCGCUACCAUGCCGCCGCCGGCCUUCGCCGCUCCACCACCGCCAUCUUCUCCGACGCGUCGCAGCCGCCGGUGACGGAGAAGAAGCCGAACCCCACUGCCGUCAUCGUCGGCGGCGGGCUCGCGGGCCUGGCUGCGGCGACGCACCUGGCCUCGCUCUCAAUCCCGUUCACGCUGCUGGAGGCCUCGGACCGUCUGGGCGGCCGCGUGGCGACGGACGAGCUCGACGGGUUCCUCCUCGACCGGGGCUUCCAGAUCUUCCUCACCGCCUACCCGGAGUGCGCGCGCCUCCUCGACUACCCUUCCCUGCGCCUCCGCCCCUUCUACCCCGGCGCGCUCGUCUUCCUCGGCGCCGGCGAGCCGUUCCACAUGCUCUCAGAUCCGUUCCGCUUCCCCAUCCGCUCCCUCUCGUCCGUCUUCUCCCCCGUGGGAACCCUCCCCGACAAGCUCCUCGUCGGCCUCGCCCGCCUCCGCGCCGCGGCGACCCCGGACGACGUCAUCCUCUCCGCCCCGGAAACCACCACCGCGGCGCAUCUGGAGAAGUUGGGCUUCUCGCCGUCCAUCGUCGAACGGUUCCUAAGGCCGUUCCUGGCGGGCAUCUUCUUCGACCCGCGGCUCGACACCUCGUCCCGGCUCUUCGAGCUCGUGUUCAAGCGGCUGGCAUUGGGAGACAACGCGCUCCCCGAGGCCGGCAUCGGCGCCAUCGCCUCCCAGCUCGCCGCCCGCCUCCCCGCCGGCUCCGUCCGCCUCGGCUCCCGCGCCUCCGCCGUCCGAGAAUCCGCCGUCACGCUCGAGUCCGGCGAGACCGUCCCCGCCGAGCUCGGCGUCAUCGUGGCCGUCGAGCAGCCCGAAGCCGAGAAGCUCCUGCCACAGCUACCGAGACCCAAGGGCGGCAGCGGCCGCGGAGAGAGGAGCACGGUGUGCCUGUACUUCGCGGCGGACAGGGCGGCGGUGGAGGAGCCUAUCCUGAUCCUGAACGGGUCGGGGAAGGGGAUCGUGAACAACAUGUUCUUCGCGACGAGCGUGGCGCCGUCGUACGGGCCGGCGGGGAAGACGCUGGUGUCGGUGUCCCUCGUGGGGUCCUUCGCCGGCCGCGAGGACGACGCGGAGCUGGCCGGCGAGGUGGUGCGGGAGCUGGGCGGGUGGUUCAGGGCGGAGGAGGUGGCGUCGUGGGCGCACCUGAGGACGUACCGCAUCGGGUUCGCGCAGCCGGACCAGACGCCGCCCACGGAGCCCGCCGGGAGGGACCCGAGGGUCGGCGGCGGGGUUUACGUGUGCGGGGAUCACUGGUGCUCCGCGACGUUCGACGGCGCCUUGGUGUCCGGGAGGAGGGCGGCCGAGGCCCUGGCCAAGGACAGUGGACUGUGAUUGAUUCCUGCUGUUCUGUUUGAGUGGCGGCACCCGGCACGAACGCGUCUUUGAAAUUGUAAAUGUUGCGUAGUUCGUAUCACGUCGUAUUGUUUUGUUUUGGACUGCGAUUCAUCUCUAAUUGAACACUGUCACAGACAGUUCAUUUUGACUACACAGUGUUUGAGCCGGACGAGUAGUUGGAAAUAGAGCAACUUUCUUUGAAGAAGCAGACAUCUUUGAUUAA